AUGGCCAACACAAACGAUACGACCGACACGAAGAGUCAGACAGCACAGUCUGCGACGCCCCUCGGACUCCCUGCGCCCUCUGAUGUGCCCGCCUCGUCCGAGCCAAACAACGUCAUCAAGCUCGACCACCUGGGACCCAUGAUCGUCAACUCGGACGGCACCAUUUCGAGAAUAGCGAACUGGCAGAAUAUGAGCGAGAUUGAGAAGGCAAGAUCGCUCAGACUGCUGGCGAAGCGCAACAAUGCUAGGAUGGAGAGCUUGAGAGCGAGUCAGGCGCCUUGA